AUGAACCAGCUCCAGCAGGCGAACGGGCCUGGCGAGAGCGCCGAGGACGAGGGCAAGAAGGCGCAGGAGGAGCAGAUGCGGCGAGAUUUGCUCGCGACGGUGUUGGAUUCUGCUGCCCGGGAACGAUUGGCCCGCAUAGCACUCGUGAGCGCGGAGCGAUCCCGGCAGGUCGAGUCUAUCCUGCUGAGGAUGGCUCAGACGGGUCAGCUGCGAGGUAGAGUCAGCGAGCAGCAACUUAUCGAGCUGCUUGACCAGAUGGAGGACGCUCAGUCGAAAGGAUCCGGGACGAAAGGCGCGAUAGUGUAUCAACGCCGGAAAGCAGUACUUGACGACGACGAUUUUGACGUCUGA